UUACAGGUUUUAGGUUUUACUUGGAAACAAAAAAUGGUAUUAGCUGACUUGGGUCGGAAAAUUCGUAAUGCAAUUAGUAAACUUGGCCAGGCAACGAUCAUCAACGAAGAUGAGCUCAAUGCAAUGCUCAAAGAAGUCUGUGCGGCACUACUGGAAGCUGAUGUCAAUGUACGACUCGUUAAAGUGUUGAAAGAUAAUGUCAAGAGGACUCUGGACUUCGAUGAAAUGGCAGGUGGUGUUAACAAGAGACGACUGAUUCAACGUUGUGUUUUCACUGAAUUAAUGAAAUUAGUCGAUCCAGGAGUGAAACCUUUCCAACCCACAAAGGGAAAACCUAAUAUUUUCAUGUUUGUUGGCCUACAAGGUUCCGGUAAAACGACGACCUGCAGCAAGUUGGCAUACUACUACCAGAAAAAAGGUUGGAAAACGUGUUUAAUUUGUGCUGAUACAUUCCGUGCUGGUGCAUUUGAUCAGUUGAAGCAAAAUGCUACGAAAGCAAGGAUACCAUUUUAUGGAAGUUAUAUAGAAAUGGAUCCAGUUACUAUAGCUGCAAGUGGUGUCGAUAAAUUUAAAGAAGAUGGAUUCGAGAUUAUUGUUGUAGAUACUUCCGGUCGACACAAACAAGAAGCUUCCCUUUUCGAAGAAAUGUUGCAAGUGUCGAAUGCAGUGAAUCCAAACAAUAUAGUUUUCGUUAUGGAUGCUUCAAUUGGACAAGCUUGUGAAGCACAAGCCCGUGCUUUUAGCGAAACUGUUGAUGUUGGUUCAGUGAUCAUCACCAAAUUGGACAGUCAUGCUAAAGGCGGUGGAGCUCUUUCAGCUGUAGCUGCAACACAUUCACCUGUAAUAUUCAUUGGCACUGGCGAACAUAUUGAUGAUUUUGAGCCAUUCGAAGUGAAACCGUUCGUACAGAAAUUACUAGGCAUGGGGGACAUCGAAGGUCUUGUAAAAAAGGUCAAUGAAAUUGGUAUUGAGGAUAACGAGGAGCUCAUCAAAAGGUUAAAGCAUGGUAUGUUCACAUUGCGUGAUAUGUACGAGCAGUUCCAAAACAUCAUGAAAAUGGGUCCGUUUAAUCAAAUCAUGAGUAUGAUUCCUGGAUUUGGACCAGAUUUUAUGUCCAAAGGUAACGAACAAGAGUCACAAUCCAGGCUAAAGAAACUGAUGACUAUUAUGGACAGCAUGUCUGAUGCAGAAUUAGAUCAUCCAAAGGCAAAUGAUUUAUUCUCAAAAGAGCCUGGCCGAGUUCAGCGUGUAGCACGUGGAAGUGGAACAGCAACAAGCGAAGUAAAAGAAUUACUGACGCAGUAUAAGAAAUUCGCUGAUAUGGUGAAAAAAAUGGGCAGUAUGAAGGGUCUUUUCAAGAACGGUGAUAUGAAUACCAAAAACAUCAACCCAUCGCAACUACAAAAGCUCAAUCAACAAAUGGCAAAAAUGAUGGAUCCACGGGUGCUGCAACAAAUGGGUGGUAUGGGUGGUUUGCAAAAUAUGAUGAAGCAAUUACAAGGCGCCUCUUCUUCCCUAGGAAAUCGUCGAAAUAACUAAUAUGUCUACCUCAUAGUUUCGUUUGAAACUGUUACAAAAUGGUACUAAACUCAGUGGGACUAAACUAUUGGCUUAUGAAGCAUUUUGGAAUGUUUUAAAGUUAUUGUGUGUUUUCGGAGACUUUGUACAUAUUUUCGAAAUAGUUACAGAUUACGGAUGUUCGUUCGUUUUAAUCACUGUGAUGUGUAUCUGAUGUACAAAGAUGGGCAUUGUUUUAAAAAUCUGCGGGUGAAUUCUAUGGCAGUAGUCUGUUUGAAAAGAACAUAAAGGAAGACAGCAGGUCGAUUUGCUAGGAAUUGUUAAGUGUAUAAAUUGGACUUCAUCGAAAAUCAAUGAUCUCAGCUUGUCUUUAUGUUCGGAUGCUUAGAUCUUUAGAUUCUUUGCAGUUUCUGAAAAUUUCGACUAAGCUUCAGUGGUUUUUAAUAAUUUGUUGAAUUGUUGAGGCUGGAAUUUUAAACAUUACUGAAACUCUCCGUCAUUUUUACAUCUUGAGUUUCACUGAAUUGAUGAAUUCUUUUCGUGGAAAAAGUUUGUAUGAAUAUGAACAAAUUCGUUUUUUUUUUUUUUUGAAAGAAUAAAGGACUCACAG